CCGCUUUUUAGAAAAAUUUUUCUCCGCCAAAAAUAUUUGAAAUUAUUUCACCAAUUUUUGCCGAUGAUGUUGUGGACCACAACUUGUGGUCAAAGUUGUCAGAUUGAUUUGAGCUGUUAUGAUGAAACUGAAUCUACUUUGAAACCAGAAAAGUCAGUUACUGUUAAAGUUGUAAUUCAUAAUUAUCAUAAUUAUUUUGAUUAAGAAACAAUAGAUGGUGCAGUAAGCAAACUAUCGUCUGCAAUCAUCAUCAUCAUUCAACUUCAACAUGGUGAGAAAACUCAAGCAGAAGAAGAAAUCUGAUGAAACAUCAGCUUAAAUUUUCAUCUCCAUCAUUAUUUGAGUUGUGGAAGUGAUCAGUGAGAUCGUUGAAAUGAUAAAAAUUGUGAAUGGUGUUUAACAAUUUGUGAAAUCUCUUUCAAGCUUCCAUUCCAGUUAUCACCAUCAUCAGUAACCCUUUCUUUUGUGUUAUCUAACCACUUAUCUACUUCAUCACUUCUUAUCAACUCUUGCUUUUUGAUGCUAACGAAUUUUACUCUCUUUGUUGGUUUAUCCGAAAACUUGCUUCUAAUUCAUUUGUUGCGUCUACCGUUCAUCCCGUCCAAGCAAAUUCACGUCAAACUAAGAUGACAUCUUCGAGAACCGGUGAUUCCAAUGAGCGCUCCAAAAAUCUAUGGGUUUUUGGUUAUGGAUCUUUGAUUUGGAAUCCUGGUUUUAGUUAUGUUCGAAGUUCUGUUGGCUCUAUUAAAGGAUUCAAGAGACGUUUCUGGCAAGGAAAUGAUAUUCACAGAGGUACCCCUGACAAGUUGGGUCGCGUGGUUACUCUCAUCGCCGAAAAAGAGGCAAUUACCUGGGGACGGGCCUACCUGAUUAAAGAUGAAUGUGCAUGCCGUAGUUAUCUGGAUCAAAGAGAAUGCCAAGAAGGUGGUUAUGAGGCCAAAAUGGUUGAAUUUGUGCCUCGGGACAAUGACGAGCUGAUUUUAUCAUCAUCAUCACAAUCUUUGUCUGCUUCAUUCCAAGUGCUGGUUUACAUUGCCUUACCUACCAAUCGUUUCUUUCUUGGUCCAGCUCCAGAAAUGACCAUUGCUUGUGAUAUAGCGUUUGCUUCAGGUGAAUGUGGACCCAAUGUUGAAUAUUUAGCAAAAUUGGUUGCUUUUAUGAGAUAUCAUUGGCCAGAAGUGUGGGACGAUCAUCUUUAUGAACUAGAACGUUCAGUUAAAAAAAUACUUGAUAAACGGUUUCCGUGCAAGUUAAAAUAUUUUGACAAUGCUAUGAACGACGAAGCCAAAUGUUUAUUACAAACCCUUGAAAGACUCAAAUUAUUGGAAUUUGAUUUUAAUUGGAGAACUGAGAAGGAAAUUAAAUCUCUUGAAUCAAGACUCAAUUUCAUCGAAUUACCGAGAGAUUUAGUUGCAUCCUCCAAAGGAGUCCGAAUUAAUAUAUGACAAUUAACAAAUUAAUAUUCUUUGAUAGAUAAAAUUUACCAUUUUACAAUUUAUCAAUAGCCAUUUAUCAAUUUAAAUGAAUGAAAAUAUAACAAGACAACAAAUCAACAAACAAAACACAAUUGAAAUUUUAAGGGGAACAAAAAAAUCAAAUUAUACGCAGCUAUUUAUUAUUGACAAAUGUUUUGUUAUCAUACUCUUUAUAAUUGUUAUUGAUGAUGAUAUGUUUCUUUUUCUGUAUCAUCAAGCAAUCAUCGACAGAGAAAAACAAAUUAUAUUCAUAAUUCUUCUACGAGCAGCUCAUUAAUAAUCAAAAUUCAUUCCAGCUCAGGGCUGUUCAUUAUCAAUAAAAAUAUCUUCUUGCUUUCAAGCAUAUCUUUGAAAAGCAAAAGUUUCUCAUCAAAAUAAAGAAAUCAAUAACUCUUUAUUGUAACAACCUGAAUGAUACCUUUAAUUGUUUUCCCUUAAACUGCUGUCUUGUGAAAAUUAUUUUGGUUAAGUAGUUUUUCAUUGAUUAAACAAAAAUAAAUGACAAA